CUUUCAACGAUGACUGCAAAGUUUAUCAUUGCUGCUGCCCUGGUGGCCAUGGCCCUUGGCCACCCUGAGGACACUCCAGGCUAUGAUUACUCAGCUCCUUCUUCGAAUGCCAAAUACGACUUCAACUACGCUGUCAAAGACGACUACUCCAGUAACGACUUCGGUCACCAGGAGGAUCGCGAUGGCUAUGGUGCCCAGGGUUCCUACUACGUCCUCCUUCCCGACGGUCGUCUGCAGAAGGUCACCUACUCCGUCAACGGCGACUCCGGCUUCGUGGCCGAGGUCAGCUACGAGGGAGAGGCCCAGUAUCCCGCCGAACAGCCUUCCUACAAACCAACUCCUUCUUAUGCCUAAAUUAACCUUUCAUGCGAUAUUGUGGUACUAUUUAUUGUAAUUAACAAUAUGACAUUCCUGUGAAUAGAAAUAUAUAUACGGCA